GCUGUCAUUUAAAUUAUCAAUGUCAUGGAAAUUGAAUGAAUGAUGGAAGAAGUAAUUAUAAUUAAUCGAUUAAAUAAAUAAAUAUACUUUCACAAGUUUGCAUUUUGCAAAAAUAAUAAUAAAUGAAGUAUUGAAAUUGUGACCGGAACACGAACAAAAGGAAUGUCAUAAUGGAUUUCGAAAGUCCUGAUGUCGAAAAAGAUUUUCCGGGAUUAUAUGCUUCUGAAGCAGGACGUAAAAGUAAUGAAAGUGACUUCAGUGAUGGAGGUGACCAUGAGAAACCAAGCAAAAAGGAUUUAUUGGGACGUCGUAAGGACAAAAAAGAGUCCAAAAAAGAUAGAGGUUAUGCUGCUCUGGAAGGAGAGAGCUCUCCAGAAGAAGAUACUGAUACCAAAAGUCCAUCUAAAUCAAAAAAGACAAAAUCUUUUAAGUUCCCUACUAAAAGCAAAGAAAAACGUGAAAAAUCACGAGACAAGGAGAAAGUGUUAGAAGAUGCGGCAAAACAAAAAGAACUAAAUGAAAAAGAAAGGAAAAAAGAAGAAAGGGAGAAGGAAAGGGAAAGAGAAAAGAAGGAAAAGGAGAAGAAAGAAAAGGAAAAACGAGAGAAAAUGAAGGAGAAAGAUAAGGAAAAGGAAGAAAAAGCUAAAUUCAAACUAGAAUCAAAGGAGAAACUCAAAGAUGAAAAGAAAGAAAAAACAAAAGAUAAAGAUAAAGAGAAAGUGAAGGAGAAGGAAAAAGAGAAAGUAAAGGAAAAGGACAAGGACAAAAAGGAUAAGAAAUUAACUAAAGUGCCAUCAACUGUGACGUCUGGUGUUCCAUUUGAAGAAAUAUUUACCUUAGGAGUGGCCCUGCCAAUAUUUGGCGUUCCUCUGCAACACUCAGUGGAGCGGUCGAGAUGCCAUGACGACACCGGGCUGCCUCUCGUUGUGCGCGACAGCAUCGACUUCUUACAGGCACACGGCAUCAAAUCGAACCAGAUCUACAGAGCGGAACCAGACAAGAUCAAGCUGCAACAACUACGGAAACUGUUCACAGACCGCGGCCCCACGUUCCCGUACCACUGGGAUGUGCCGGUCGCUUGUGCCAUGCUCAAAUUGUUCAUUAGUGAAUUACCAGAAUCAAUAUUAACACAAGAGCUACAUGGACAGUUUGAGCAGGCGACAGCAAUAGCGGAACCGCAGCGCGAGACGACCAUAGUGUCUCUUAUAGCGAAACUGCCUUCUUGCAAUCAUAACCUCGUCGCCUGGCUGAUGAGGCACUUUGAGAGUGUCGUAGCUAAUGAACAGGUGAAUCAUGUGAACAUACAAACAAUAUCGACUGUAAUGGGUCCAGCUCUCAACAUGUCGUUGAAUCUCCUCACAUACUUCAUCACCAAAGCUGAGAAACUGUUCCCUAAUGUGCAGCUCACUAAGUAUGUACCGCCACUGCAGUCCCUCCCAGUAGACUUUCCACAGUCAGCGGUUGAGAUGAGUGCGGAACUCCGCAAGCAGGAGUCUCUACUGAGUCAGAUCCAUGCGGAGAUGCAUGCCGGUUUCAUCACACAAGCACGCGACCACCAACUAUGGGAGGCGCAGAGGAUCGUCACACAGCUAAAGAGAAAACUAAGGACAGUCCAAAAGUCUGUGGAACCUAACUCUCUACCGCCACAACCAUCUAUCGACGAGAAAGCAGAUGAAGAAGUUAUUGGACGAAAUUCGCAGCCCAGCGAACCUGCACCAGUGGAGGAAGUCAAAACUCAGCAAGUGAAAACGCCAUCUGCAGAUGCAUUUCAAGAUUUAAAAGAGUCUCCUCAACUACCGGAUCCGACAUUCGAAGCGGAAUUCGAAGAUAAUUUCGAUUUUAAACUGGAAAAAGAGAAGGAAACUCUAGUAGAAGACCUGCCUACUGCAGAACCAAUCAUUGAGAAACCAAAACUGACAGAAAAAGAGAUUAAACUUCUAAGAUUACAAUUGGAGAAUGCAGAGUAUCUGCAAUUGAAGUCACUGUUGCAAGCGAAAAUAAAUUCGGAACAGUUUGAAAUAGUUAAACUUAGGAGUCAAGAGAAGGUCGCUUUGAAGAAUAAACAGGAUGGAAUACAUAAAGAGAACAAAGAGAAUCAAACACCAGAAGAUCAGGAGUUGAAGCAAAGACUGAUAAAAGAGAAUGCUAUGUUGGAGCAGAAAAGACUGAGUUUGAUCAAUCAAAUAUUCCAAGAAAGGGUGGCGUGUGUGCAAUUAAAAAUAGAAUUAGCUAUGAAGGAAGUGUUAUCAAAGUCUUAAUUUAUGUAUGACUAAUUUUAAUCUGGUAAAAAUCAAAUAGCUGUAGUGGUUUUGGAGACUAUACUCCACACACACACAAACUCAUAAAAUUUGCACUCUCUAUUUAUAUUAUAGUGUAAAUAAAUUUAUUUAUUGUUGACCAUGAUUAACAGCUUCCAUUGUGAUCUGUAUUAGUUAUAUAUUUAAAAUGAAGUCUGAGGUUGUUGUAUAUUUAUUAUUGAAUGUGUUAUUAAUGUGUUUUAAAUGUAUAUUAAAAACUAUUAAUAUUAAUUGUCGAAUAUCAUUGUAGUGACAACUGCGGUUGAGUUUGUUUCUAAAGAUUCAGACAUGGAAUUCAUAGUUUACGUUUCUGCAGUAUACGA